AUGCAGCUCCUCAAGUCUGCUUUGUUACUUGUCCUUAUGGGCCUCUCCUGUUGGGCCAAAGAUGUCAUCCCCAUUCCCCAGGAGGUGAGCCUGUUGGGCAACUUAAGGACUCAGCAAGUCUUAAUAUCCUGGUCUGGAGGAGAAGUGACAAGCUUUGACCUCCUGAUCCUCCGAACUGAACUUAAUGAUACGGUUUUCUAUGAAACGGUAACUACAACACCGGAUAAGGCUAGUGGUCGGCACGAUUUCAAGUGGACAUCAGUGGAGCCCCUGGAGUGCACCUCGCUCUCCGUCAAGGUCCGGUCCAGAAUUGGGCAGCUGACCAGUGAUUGGAGUAGCAUGCAGAUACAUCAAGGAAAUGACAGUCCCACCAAUGAACUAAUGCAAGUUUAUCCCCAAGACAAGAUUGUGCUUCCGGGAACCAACACCACCUUUUGUUGCAUAAUCGCUGAGGGAAAGUCCUUUGGCAGUUUUCACUUUGUCUCAGAAACUCUUAACGUGACUCGACUGAGCAGGCGUGCUUAUGCAGCGACAGUCUACAGCCCGAAGCCGUCGCCCUCUUUUGGAUUUAAUGCCUUCUGCAAAGGAACCACACAAGCAGAGAUCACCGGGGCAGUGCUCUUUGUUGGAUAUCCUCCACUAAUGACAAACUUUGUUUGCGAAACUCAUGAUGUGAUCUCUGCCGUUUGCCAUUGGACAGAAGCACGGGACAGCCACCUGCUUGGCAAAAGGCAAACUCGCUAUUCUAUCAACGGGAGGAAUUGCUCAGUAGUCUGCUUGGAACAGAAUCAAAGGCAGUGCAGCGUCCCAGUAUGGGAGGAUAAGUGGAAACUGUUGGGCAGGAACAGUCUGGGAGAGUACAGUCUGACAGACACGGCAGGGGUCCGCACCAGAGUUGUGCCUCUACCACCGGAAGAAGUGAGCACUGGGGCCACUGCCCGUAAGGCCAAUGUGACGUGGGGGUGGAAACACAAUCAUUAUUCUUCUCUCGCUCUUGUUUGUCAAGUGGAGCUCACGUCCAGCGAUGACAAAACAAAGCGCACUUUCUCUGGUGUGGGUUUGCGGUCUGCGGUGCUGUUAGACCUGUAUCCAUAUGAAGAAUACAGCGUUAAAGUCCGCUGCGGAGCUCAGCAGAAUUUCUGGAGGUGGGGCAACUGGAGCAAAACUAUUUCCUUCCAAACUGAGUGUGAUGUUCCAAGUACUCCUGAUGUGUGGAUAUCGAUGGCCAAUGACACAACUGGACAGAUUAUAUGGAAGCCAUACAAACAAAGGCAGAGCCAUGGUCCCAUCGUCGGCUACGAGGUUACUUUGUGGAGCCCUGACAACGGCACUCGGCGCAUACACAAUGUUUCCCCAGAGAUGUUUACGCUGCCUCUCAGCCUCUCGAGUAUCAUCGUCAGCAAUAACAGCAGGCUCAUCGCAAGUGUCGUUGCCAAGAACCCCGCUGGACUCUCACCACCAGCCACCAUCGAGCUUCCUCUGCACUUCACCAGUCUGGAUUCAGAAAAGGUAGAUUUUCAAGAAGGGGCUUUUCCUCUGUCCUGGCAGAGUGAUGCCAAUACUAGCUGUGGGUUUGUUGUGGAGUGGAAUGAGGCCUUGUGUGUCCUUGACUGCGCCGUAGAGUGGAUCAAAGUGGAAGACGACAUCAGGAAUGUGUCCAUCAAAUCAGAUGCCUUUGAGCCGGGCGUGAAAUAUUCCUUCUCAUUGUACCACUGCCCCUCAGAAGCUCCAGAGUUGCUGAAGCAGUGGCAAGGCUACAUGCGUGAGCUGACUCCGUCCAGUUCGGUCUUGCUGUCAACCAAACAGCAGGAUUUAGAUGUUGUGAUCACAUGGAGUGACAUCCCAGCAUCACACAAAAGAGGUUUUCUCCGAGGAUACAAUGUUUACUUGAAUAAUGGCUCUCAACUCACACCACUUGCCUCAUUAUCACACAAUGAAAACAGUUACACGGUUAAGGGUCUCCCUCUUGGCUCAUAUAAGUUCACUGUCAAGGCGUUUACAUCUGCAGGGGAGGACAGCGGCGGAACGGCUUCAAUAACAGUAGAACCUUAUGGUGAUUGGUUGAUUUUAGAAAUUCUGGCUACCCUCGGAGUCACAGCUUUGGUUUUGUUUUUUGUGGCACUCAUCUGCUACAAGAAACGGAAAUGGGUAAAAAGUGCAUUUUACCCAGAUAUACCAGAGCCUAAACUGCCCAAUCAUUGGUCCACACCACAGGGAACACUGGAUGUAAAACCUUCCCCACACAGCAUGGUCCACAUUGUGGAAAAGCCUGAGUGGGACUCUGGUAAGGAAGCUCUUGUGGUCAUACCCGAAGAGGAUGAGGAUGACGAAGGCAUCCGCGAUGAACCUGUCGACACAGACGAGCCGACAUCUCUGCGUUAUUACAACCAAGUGGUGGACGAACGACCCAUAAGGCCACGAUACCCAGACUCCUCAGCUUCUUCCGCAUCAUCGCUGGAUUCCGGGCGCACUGAUGUGACCUACACUGGUAUUCAAACUUCGGGAUCUUCUUUAGUGUUCCAGCCCGACCCACAAAGCUUCUCCGAUCAGCCCCACGUUGCUCUGUCUUCACCAGAGUCUCAAGUUUGCAGCUCAAGUGGUUACAGACCUCAAAACAACUGGCAUUUGGACUCGCCAGAGGAGGCAGACGAGCGCCGCAGCCUUGCCCCGUCUCUGGGAUCUCCCACGUCUAUUGCUUCCACUCAGUUCCUCCUUCCAGACGGCUCCACAGAAGAAUCUGCACAGGAGAAGCAUCAGUCCACUGCAGCAACUUGGCUCACUAGUUUGUUGUCUUCCACAAAACCAUAA